UUCAGAUUUACUCAGAAAAACAAAAACGAUCAUUUUUCAAUCUCUGGACCUCUGAGUGUUUUUUCACUCUCAAACAUCGAAGCUGUUUGUUUGGUUUACUUCGGUAAAUGUCGGGAAAGGAGGAGGGUCCGAAUCGGACGGAUUCUCGGAAAUGUUGCUGCAAAAAGAUGCCUUCAGGAUCUAUCGAAAAAAAAACAUCUAAGAAAAUAGACACCACAUUGCGUGAUUUGUGAUUAAAAAUAAAGAAUGAUCAGAGACAUAAAAUCUUCACACCACAGUCUGACAGGUUUCUUCGGACGCACUGUUUGUGAGAUUUCAUCUUGAAAUUGACCAUUACAUAAAUACGCUUGUUAGUGUAGUUUUCUACUGUAAAUUGAGUUACAUCGUUCAACAUGCCAGUCGUAAAUAAAUUCUAAAUGAAGAAAACACAUUACUGAGUGGGGUUAUUUCUGUUUAUUUGAAGAGCAGUGGCCAUAGGAUCUUUUUUCCUCUCUUUUUUUUACUUUUGAGUUCUCCGUUUGGGUUGUAUUUCAGAUUUACGAGUUUAUAUGAAGCACCUGAACAUAUCAUCAUUCCAGUCUAAACGGAAAACUUCCUGAAACUGAAACAGACAAACUGCUGCUUACCUUCAGGUCAGUAUAUAUUAUUAUAAUCCUUUAAUUUUCAGAUCAGUAUUUAUUAUUAUAAUCUCUGUAGAAAACUCACAAUAGUUUUUUUUCUACUUGUAACCUUUUAACAGUUUUUAGAUCCACCGAAUAUCACGAAGUCAGUUAACACUGCUGCGUCACACUCACUUCCUCAUGUGCUGUUAAUGUUAGCAGCUUUAGCAGCAGAACAUGUUACAGGGCUCUCAAAUUUUGAACUAAGCUUAGAGUGAGAUUUCCUUGGGGGGGGGGGGGUUGAAGAAAAUUAUUAGUAUAAUUAUCUCUUAAAUACAACGGAAUAUAAGGGGCACAAUUAGAAAAAAAAAUAAUAUCAGUAUUAAGUCGUAAAGUUACCUGUUGUGAAGGAGAGUUGUUAAAAUCAGCACUGUGGAGCAUUUAGAUGAAUUGUACUUUAGUAUAGGUUUCACAAACAUGGAGAUACUUAAUCCUUUGGUACAUGAGCAUUACACUGUCAUGAGUAUCAGAACUUAUAUUUGAGAUAUAUGAGAAAUGCUGCUUUUGUGGAGGGGAAAAUGGCUGGAAAUGGCUGCACAGAGACUAAAUCCGUCAAUACAGCUGUUAAUAGCAAUAGCAUAGGGCUUCAGUUUAUCAUAUGAGUUUAUAUGCCAUGAGGUGUUGAGGUCUCUGCAUGUGUAGGUUACUGACUUACUGUAAUCAUCGGGUCUAUCUCGUCCUUAUAAAAACAUGCUCUAUUACGGCGAGUGUCUGUCUUCUUCUGUAGUCAAACCGUAAGAUAUCAAAAUCUACCCAGAUACAGCAAUGCUGCUUUUUUAUUGGCUGUUCAGUAGAUAUACUUUAUUUGAUUGGCUUGCGCGUGGCACGCAGCUUCUGAACUCUCGGAGGAACUCAGUUGAUUCCUACCUGUUCCAUAGUUCAAGAGGUGCAACUUGGUGGGCAUCACCAUGUUCAUUUAAAUGCGUGAGAAAUACAAUGUGUGGCGUGUGAGCGUGUGAACGGGUGGGAAUGCGUGUGUCACACGCUGAAUGCGUGAGACUUGAGAGCCCUGAUGUUACCUCCGUGUAAGACGCUGUUUUAUUAACAUUGUAUCAGACAUUUAAAAUGUUUUUUUCCCCAUGAAAUUAUGGUUAUCAAGAAAGAGAAUUAACGUUUCAGUGUAACGAACUGUCACCCUUUCAGAAUAAUUCCUGGUACCGCGGUAAAGUGUGGCGCACCAGACACCGUUUAAGAUUUAUUAAAUUUAAGAUUAUUUUGAUUCUGAAGAGUUUAGAUGGUUGGUGGAACAGGUUUGGGGAAUUCUCGUGAUUUCAUAUGGUGUUCUAGUCAAUUCGGCUGGUGUGAUACAAUAUAAUAUAUAUAAAAAUAACAGUAUUUGUUUGUUGCUAAAGGGGACAUGUUGAGGCCAGUACCUGCACACUUCACUACCUUCUCAGUUUAAGACAUUAGAGAAAUAACUGAAGUUUCAAGAUGGUAUUAAUAACAGUGUUAGUAGUAAUAGUUUACCACCACCAGGGUGUGACUGUGUGAGCGAAAGUCAAUGAUGUAUUCAAUAGAAAGGGCUUUGAGGGCCUCUGAUAAAGGUCUAUAACAUCUAAAACAUUAAUUAUUUUUUAAUCCAGUAAAUAAACCUGAAUAAACUGGACCUGCCUGAACACACUGUGGUGAAUAUUGUGCAGUUUUUUGACUGUAAAAAUGACUGUAUUAUUCAUUUACAUAUAUGCUUACAAGGAUUUAUCUUCAUUUAUCUUGAAUAUUCAUUAUGUAUGUUUUAGCCAUUGUAUGUUUUAGCCAGGAGUUCUCUUUGUUUUAUUGAUUAUCUGUACACACACGAUCAUGAUGUAUCUGUCAAGAUGACUGAUGUUUAAACAGGAUAGUCAGGUGUCUGCGUCAGACCACGAUGACCUUGAGAGGAGAAGAACUUUUCUUCGUUUUCUGAUUUUUAAUGACAAGUAAAAUCACAAACUCUUCGUCACUUUCUAAUGUCGUUUUUCCCACAGUUCCCUCAGUGACCUCUGACCUCUAAUAUGACAUCCACAUCUGUGACCACGGUGGGGGGGCUGGUGGUCGUCACCCAGGUCAUCCCUCAGAGUGAAAAGGCCAUCCCACUCCAGGCUGCUGACACCAUCCAGGCCCCUCCCCCAGCAGCCCCAGCCCCACCCUCUCAACCUGCUGCUCCUACCAAAAUAGACGAUAUGACCGCCACCUUCCUGCGGGCGGGGCCUCAGAGCCUUGGGGUAAGAAACCAAAUCUAUUUGAGGGACUGGAUUUUAUGAUCGUGAAAGUCCAGACCCUAAAGGUUCCGUAAAAACUGGUUCCGGUCUUCAUCCAGACCGCCACAUCCAAACCUCAGAGGUCAGUCUGGAUCUGAGCGUGCUCAGGUAUCAGGUCUUUGUACAGACCGCCACACCUGACUCAGAAGUCAGUCUGGGUCUGAGCGUGCUCAGGUAUCGGGUCUUCAUCCAGCUGACUCGAUUUCUUCUUCUGCGUGUUUUCAGAUCGUCCAGAUCUUCAUCGGCCUCCUCUGUCUCCUCUUCAGUCUGACGGCUCUCUUCUCACCCGUCCUGUUAGGCCACGCCCCCCUCUGCCUGGCUGUCACCGUGCGUAGAGUCCCCCCCCCCCCCCUUAGUUUUUCUCUCAGAGGGUCCUCACCAGUGUCUCUUCUGUCCUGCAGUUUGUGGUCUCCGGCUCUGUGACCGUGUCUGCAGCUAAACGGACUUCAAGGAACCAUGUGAGUGUUCUUCAGAACCAGACUCAAGGGGUGCAGAGGUUCAGAGUCCAUCUGUCUCACAGAGCCCAGAGUCCAGGUCCCAGUAGUGAGGGUCUGGUCUCUGGUUUGUACCUGCAUGUCCUGACCUUCGUCCAUGAACCUCACACACUUCUGUAAACAAAGGUUCUGGUCGGGGUCCUGAAGACAGAUCAUCCAGGAGUCCUGUCCAAUCAGAGACAGACAGCGCCACCUGCUGUUUCUGGACCUGUAAAGUAGUAUGGGCGAUAAAAGAACAAUGAUUUAUAUCCAAAUUAAUUUCCCUCAGUGUCAGUAUUAAACACGGUCAAUAUGGUUUUUCGGUAGUCGUGAUGAGGCCUGUCACGAUAACAAAUUUUCCUGGACGAUAAUUGUGCUACAAAUUGUUGCCGAUAAAUGAUAUUAUUGACAUCGUUUUUUAAAUUAUAGAUAAUGAUAAUAAAUGGCAUAAUAAGGCGAGUACACCAUGUCAAAAGCAAUAAACUUUAAUUGUUCAAGAUUAAGAACUUUGAACUAGGAUGAACAAAUAUAAUAAACAAACAAGACAACCAAAAAACAAUGAAAAUAAAAUGGACCCACAUUCUGUUUUAUCAAAAACUGCAUUCAAAUAAAGACCACAAUCACAACUACAAACAAUAAAAAAAUAGACCUUGUCUCUGGUACGGAACAAAAACUUCACUCCACACAUAACUAUUAAAACAAUAAAUAAAGUGGAGUCUCGAAUCUGUAAACAAAAACGCACUAAAUAAUUAGCUUUGGGUGCUAUUCCUUAACAGGUCAAAGAACAUGCAUGCGCACCGAUGAUUGUGCUUGAGGUGCGCAUGCAUGUCGUAUUCCCCUUCUUUGUCACCAAAACUUUCGAACAAAUGCAACAUAUCGUCCGUGUUCGUGGGCUCACCUCUUUCAUUUUAUUUGAAACCGAAAUGUAUCCACACUGGGGCUGUUGCGUUGGGCUUAGACACCUAAGCUGUUGUUUCAUCAUUCAUAGCGUUUGCUCCGCACUGUGUGCGUGUGUGCGCCAGCUCCCCCCACCCCCCCCACCGUGACAAAGAGACUGAAUGACUGACAGGAGGGUUCACUCACUGCGUUCAUUCCGCUAUAGAGCCAAUGCACCCAGGUGUCGAGAAAAAUGCGCAGAGUGAGACCUCUUCUCUGUUUGGUAGCGAGAGAGGAGGAAAACAAACGCACGUUAAUUAUCGAGGCUGGCAAAAUUACCGACCUUGUUUUUAUUUACAGAGCGAUUAGGUGAUUAUCGCGACAGGCCUAGUCGUGAUUAAAAACGAGAAAAGUUUGCUCUCCAGGGUUUCUCUGGUUUAGAGCCGUAAGGUGUUUGGUGUGUGUGUGUGUGUGUGUGUGUGUGUGUGUGUGUGUGUGUGUGUGUGUGUGUGUGUGUGUGUGUGUGUGUGUGUGUGUGUGUGUCCUUGUUAAAAGACACAGAUACAGAUGUCCAGUUUAGUGGAUUUAUUGGACUGUGGUUCUGCUGAUGAAACAACAAUCAGUCCAGCUCACACCGAGAGCAUGAACGAGUAACAUGAGAUAGCAUUAGUCAUAUUCACAAUAAACAAUAAACAUUAACACAAUAUAACAUCAAACAGUGAAACAUCAUCAAACUCACUUCUGACAUUUGUACACAAGAAACCCACAUGUGAAGGUGAAGAUUGGGUAAAAUCAGGGAAGAGGAAAUUUAUUAACUAUCUGCUGCAUGAGGAGAAAAACUAAACUUUCACACCUGCAGCAUCUCACACACUGGUGCGGUGUGUUUAUGAGCGUAGGACUAAUGAAAACUCACUGUAAAACACAAAAUAACUGAACGGUAUUUACUUAAAAACACUGAAACAACACAGACUUUCUAACAGACAUUCUGACAUGUUUUGGUGGACUAUAUAAAUAGCCAAUGAAAAGGGAAGUUACUGCGGUCCGCUUCACGCUGAACCAAUCGUGCUGAAUUAGAACCAAGUAGUUAAGACCUCACAGAUGCAGUAGAUUAUUGUAUUGUAAAAGACAUGUUAACAAUAAACACUUGGUCAGAUGUUCUUUUAUAGAGACAGGUUUUUUAUUUACCUUGCUGACAUGUUUCGACGUGCUGGCAGCAGUCUUCCUCAGAGUGUCACAUGAUGGUUGUGUGACGCGUCUUAAAACAGCUGAUGUUUCUGAAGGCGCGACCUUUCCGUCAGUUUGACAGAUCGGUCACGCCUUCAUCUGCCCGCUCACCCCCUGCAAUAUGGCACUCCAGGUGUGGGAUAGCAUAUAUGCCCCCUCAUCCUGGUUGAUGGUCCUCAGGCCUCGCUUGCUGAUUGCCAUUGCCUCCCUGGUCCAGCGCUGAUGUUUUUUUUCUUCGGUGUGGAUGACUCUGGCAUUUUCCCAAUCCCUGAUGUGGUUCUCUGGUUUACAGUGGUCUGUGAUAGCUGAUUUGUAAUUUUCUUGUUGUGCCUUUUCUUUUAUUGUUCUUGUUUGUCUUGUUGCUGUCUCCUUCUAACACUCUUUCUUGUGUCUGUAUAAAAGAACAUUGGAUCAUAAUUAAGCAAAAAAGACACAAUGAAUCUAAUCCAAGAACUGUUAAAUUUCAUUUUUUAUAUCCUGAUAUAUAUAGAUAUUGACUGAUAUGAACAAAAUAUAUCAUGAUAAACUUUUUCUCACCCAGCCCUACUGUAAAGGUUUGAAGGCGUCUCUGUGUGUGUUUCCUAUCUGCAGGUGUGUGUGUGUCUGACGUGGAACAUCAUCAGCCUUCUGGUCGGCGUGGCGGGCGUGGUCUAUCUCUCCUUCCUGUUGGCUGAUCGCCCCCCCUCUGUCCGUCUCUGUGACUUCUGCCCCAGGAUGUGGGUGCUGGAUGUAGGUUCAGGUCCUGAUCUGACUCUAGGUCCUCAGGUCGGGUCCACAGAGUGUAAACAGACAGUGACGGGGUCUUAGGUCUGACUCUGUGUGUGUGUGUGUGUGUGUGUGUGUGUGUGUGUGUGUGUGUGUGUGUGUGUGUGUGUGUGUGUGUGUCUGUUUCAGGUGUCCGUGUACGGCUCCCUGUCUCUCCUCCUGAUCCUCCUGGUCCUCCACAUCUGUGUCUCCAUCACCGCCUGUGUUUUCUCUGUUAGGGCUUUCAGACGCUGCAGACCUGGAUCUCCUGUCACAGUAAGACUAGGGAUGGGAAUUGAUAAGAUUUUAUUGAUAUUGAAGCCAUUAUCGGUUCUGCUUAUUGAUUCAGUUCUUUAACGAAACCUUUAUCCAAGCCUUUCUUCGAUUAAAAAAAAAUAGACUAUAGGUUUUCACCGUCAACUCAAAAUUUGGAGUCUCUGAUAACAGAGACAGAUGUGUGCCACCUUCAGAGAGAGUCUGAAAUAAUGAAACAAAAAUGAUAUUUGUACAGAAUUUGACAUCCAUUGUGUUUAUGUAAAGACAGGACAUAUGUUAGGGUGACAUAUUCUGAAUUGCCAACAAGAGGACACUACUACGUGGGGCAGACUUGCAUGCGAAUUUUUAUUUUUUUAUUUUUUUGUUGGGUCGAGAGUUUUUUAUGCUCUUCUAACUCAGUUAAACGCAUAUUAUUUGGAAUUUCCAAAGACAGUGCAUGCUGCGUUUCGUCAGUGGUUCUGCUUAGAAAUGAGCGGAGGGGCGGAGCUGCAGAGAGUGCUGAUGCUCUGCACUGAUUUAUAAUCGAUGAAUACAUGUUAUUGACAUAUGAAGGAUUUUAUAAACUCCCCCGGACAGUCCCCCAAAAGAGGACAUGUCCGGGUAAAAAAAGGGCUUAUGGUCACACCUUUCAUGCCGUGCUGAGACAGAGCAGCAGCGGCUGGCGACUGGUGAUCAACAGGUGUUGUGCCGUAGAAUGCACCCCUGAUGGGAGAGCAGUUGCAAGUACAUAACAAGGCGAAAUAAUCCAAGUUUUCCUUAACAUUGGGUGGAUUCAAAAGCGUGUGCCUUAAAUGAUUUCAUUAAGAUAAGCCCAAAACAAUAGCCCUCUGAUUCAGAAUAUUUACUGUCCCGAAAAUAUAAUGUUCUUUACCUUGACAGCUUACUGUAGAGUUUAUAUACCCAAGUACACCUCUAUAUGUGCAUUUUUGAGACCCAUAAAAACAAAAUGAAAGUUUGCUGCUCCAUUUGACAUGUCUAAUACUUGUGUUUUUUAAAAUAUGAGAUAAUUUUUCUUCCACUUUAAGAAGCGCAGAGCAUCGAAUACAUGUGACUCCUUAUAUUUGAUGCUGUGCCCUGUUGACAAAUGUUAAAGCAUGUUGCUGGUGUUUCCACCUUUGCAUGUUAUCACUGCUCGACAAGAGUUGCACUGUUGUCAUCUUUCUUAGUAAAAUUAAGCCACACUUUAGAUUGUUCCUAACGACUUUACGUAUCGUCCGCCAUGUUUUUUCCUCUGUCUCUGUUCCCAUUCGCGUAGACUGGCACUCGCAAGACCGUUUUUAACGCACCCAGAAGAAAGGAAUCGUUAAGAUAAUAUGUAAAUGAUGUCGAUGGAUUGAACCAUUUGGAACCGGUUCUCAACAAGAAUCAGUUCUCGAUUCCCAUCCCUAAGUAGGACUCUCCAACAGAACCAUUGACCCGGUUUCCUCUCCUUCUCUCUCCUCCCUCCUUUUCUCUCCUCCUCUCUCCUCCUCACCUCGUUCCUUCUCUCUCCUCCUCACCUUUCUCCUCCUCUCCUCCUCUCUCUUCCUUCUCUCUCCUCCUCUCUCCUCCUUCUCUCCUCCUCUCCUUCUUUCUCCUCCCCCGCUCCUCCUCUCCUCCUCCUCUUCUCCUCCUCUCCUCCUCUCUCCUCCUGCCCCCCCCCCCCCCCCCCUCCUGUUUUAGGGGAGGGGCCACGCUCAGGUUCUGGUGGAGGAGCAUCUGACAUUCCCUCCUUCAGUCUGAUGUCCUUUUUUUAUGACCUUGUGAUUUUAAUCCCAAUCUAAUCUAAUCUAAUCUAAUCUAAUUGAUAGGUUAUUGAUCGUUCGGCUUCAUGAGUUCCAUAGGAGUAGACUGUCCAGAUGCAUUGUGGGAGAUGUAGGAUUAUUUUGGGUUAGAGAUGGGUUCUCUUGACAUGAAACAAACGGACAAACCUGAGCCUCAGGUUACUGAUGAGUUUUUUGUUUGACCUUUCACCUCCAGGUCAUGGUGGAGGAUGGCCGUGCGCCGCUUUGCGCCGCUGUUUUGUUGUCAGACAGUGACGUGGCGCUGUUGGACGACGGUGAGGAACCCUGUCCAUCACAUCCAAACUCACCCUGAAGAGAGGAUGAUGGGAAUACGACGAGUACAAGUUAAUACCACUAUGAACUACUGCAGGACUACUACAGCAGUAUAACAGCAGUACUACAGCAGUACUGCAGGAGUACUACAGCAGUACUACAGCAGAACUACAGGAGUACUACAGCAAUACUGCACUCUGCCUGUCCCUUUCAUCUCUUUCUGUUUCUUUGCUUUUGGAGGCUGUGUUGACACGAUGGUACAGUGCAUUGUGGGUAAGAUUGGGCUCUGAACAGGGAGCUUUAUUGAUAGUUUCUGUUCAGGAAAUUUUUUUUUGCACUUCAAACUGACGCUAAAAUGUUUUGAGUUUAACCCCCAGAAGACACUAAAGGGAAACAAACAGUGAUGGUGUGAAACCAGAUCAGAUCUGAAUGUUGUUGAAUGUUAGCUUCCAUUCUGAAAAAGUAAAAUUGACUGUUUUUCAAAGGGAGUUUGGUGACAAAGUGCCAGUAUCAGGACCACCUGAGCAGCUCCUGGUCUGUUUUCGGCUCGCUCCAGCGUGUUGUUGCUCCCCAUGAAUGUAUUUAUACUUCAAUGAGUCCACUGAGAAAUUCUUGAAAAUGAUUUGUGUGUUUUGAAAUUUCUGCCAAUGUUAUCACUUAAGUGUUGACUGUGGUUCUUCUCUUACUUUCACUGUUUGAAACGCAGACAGUUUAUUUAGGACAUGAGUUUGGGGUUUACCAUACAGGUCUGCAGGUCUCCAGCAGUGGGUGCUCAUAAUGCACAGAUCAGCCCCAGAGGAAAACCAACAUCUGAGUCAUAUAAACAGUAUUAUACCAACAUAAAUUUGACCCAAAGGUUUGACUGAAGAUAUUUCUGCAGAUGGACUGAACCACAACUUAAUUAACUCGGUCAAAUGUUCACUCGACGACAAAUGAAAGAGAAACAUGUUUGCCAAUAAAUAAUGUAAAUAUUCCCAUAAAGUGGAGAUGAGCUGUGGAUGUUUGCACUGAAAGGUCUUUUGUUCUUUUUUCAAUCUGAAAACUUUAAACUCCCUAAAAACAAAAA